CUUAAGAUGGCAGCGAUGUCAGCAGAAAAGGUAUAUUGGCGCAAAAAAUUGCCACGGGGAUUUCAACUUUUCAUGGAAAAUUUAGCGAGAAGCAUUAUUCGCCAACAACCUGAAGAUAUAUUGGAAUAUGCAGCAGUGUAUUUCGAAAGAAAGAUGGUUGAAAGAAAUGCAGCAUUGCGGCGUUUACCAGAUGUAUCUUAUCUUGAGAAAUUGAAAUAUAAGUUUAACAACAAACCUACAGCAGAAAGCGUGCUAUCAACAUCAAAAGAAAGGGCAGCAGUUGAGUCCAUCCCAACAGAGGAAGAGAAUAAAAAGGCAGAAAGUGCACAUACUGUUCCAGGAAGAAAAUCUUUGAAAGAACAAGGUGGUGUAAGGUCUGAUGGUGCAGUCGCUCUGCGAGAUGUUUCGAGUCCUGUACAUCUUCAGAAAACCGCUGGUGAUGACGGCGGCGGCAGAGAUACUCCUACAGGAGUCUCAGAAGCCGUGGAAAGAACUCUGCAGGAAACUCGGGAAGACCUAGCAUAUGAAGCAUCAAGACUAUCAGCCACAGAACAUUUAGAUGAACAAGAUGAUGCUCAUGCAUCUCAUGAAAAAACAAUGUUGGUCGAAUCAGAGGAACGCAUAGAACUGAAACAGGAUUUACUGAAAGAAAUAAGAGAAUCAAGUAGAAGUUUACACAAGACACAGACAACACAAGAAACACCAGAAAAUAUAUCGGAAUCCAAGGGGAAAAUAUCGGCAGAAUCCGUAGAUUCUACAGAGCACCGAGAAUCAGAAAGAGAACUGGCUGAAAGUGUCGAACAAGUGGUUCACGCUAAGGAGCUUUCCAGGACCAGUAUUGAAACAAAACGAUAUUCAGUCGCUGCUGUUCAUAAAACAGAACCUGAACUUCCAAAGGAUGUCCAACAGGUCGUAGAAACUUUUGAUUCUACAACAGAUAAAACAAAUGAAAGUAUGGGUAAAUCAGGAAAUGUUGAAAAUAUAGUUGAAGCUGGUCCCGUUGUACCAGUAGAAGCUGGUCCCGUUGUACCAGUGGUUGAAGCUGGUCCUUUUGUGCCAGUUGUUGAACCUGGUCCUGUUGUGCCAGUCGCCGAACCCGAACCUUUGCAAUUAACUGAUACAACUGGUACCGAUUCCCUUUUUAACAAGACAGAAAGUACUAACAUUGAGUCUCAGCAACAGACUGAAGAAUCAUCAUCAAAGUACCAAAAUUUGGCUGAAGAGCACGCACCCGAUGUAGAAAUGGAAACGGUGGAAGUCGGGGAUGAAAACCAAGAUGAGCAUCUGGUGGAAACAUGUGCCGUCACCUGUAGUGCCGAAGCUGUUGUAGAUGAGAGGGAUGAGGAAAACAGAGAUAGUGAGUCGGAACCAACAAAGAUAGAACACGACCGAGAAACAACAGAAGGACAAUCUAAAGAAGUAAUAUCAAGUCAAGACGGAGAAGACCAGAAACAACAUACUAAGGGUGCAGCUUCAGAAAUUAUGAAGGAUAUUGUAGAUAAUUCCCAUGAGCAACACAAAGAAGAAGAUUUAGGGAAAAUUGAAAAAUCAGAAGAGGGAACAGAGGUUCAAGUUGAGGAAACAAAUGAACAAACAGAUGGACUAACACAACAUGCAGAGGGUACAGAUGAACACACCGAAGAAUCAGCAAAGCAAACAGAGGAAGAUACACAGCAGGCAGAGGGUAUCGAUCAGCACUCCGGGGAACCAGCACAAACAGAGGAAGAAACACAGCAGGCAGAGGGUAUCGACCAGCACUCCGGAGAACCAGCACAAACAGAGGAAGAAACACAGCAGGCAGAGGGUAUCGACCAGCACUCCGGGAAACCAGCAAAAACAGAGGAAGAAACACAGCAGGCAGAGGGUACUGAUCAACACCCAGAGGAAUCAGCACAACAAACAGAGGAAGUAAUGCAACAGGAAGAGGUUACAGAGGAACCAACACAAACGGAGAAAGUAAUGCAACAGGAAGAGGUUACCGAGGAGCCAACACAAACGGAGGAAGUAACAGAGCAGGCAGAGGAUAGAGAUGAACGCACCGAGGAAACAGCACAACAAAUAGAGGAAGUCACUCAACAGGAAGAGAACACCAACCAACACACCGUGGAACCAGGAGAGCAAGAUGAUACUGAGGAAAAGGACGCAAUAAAUCACAGUGACGCGUCAGAAGAAAACCCCUCAGAGUCACAUGGAACUUCCGAAUCCACGCAAAGAAAAGAUUCAGAAAUUGUGGAAGGGACAGAAGAAAAAGUUGAGCAGUCAGAGGAAGCUUCGGGAAAUACUGGUUCCGCAGACGAGGUAGCUCAAGAAACAGUACCAGCAAAUGAAGAAGAAAACACGGAGUCGGGGGAAACAGUCGAUAGCCAUAAAGAGAGGCCUCUUGAUGCUGUGGGCGCGGAUGAAAACGUGACACCGGGAAGUCCAGCAGAGGAUAAGCAAGACGAAUCGAAGCAGGAGGACAUUCCAACAGGGGAAAACACUGCUGAUGUUUCGGUCGCUGACUAAAAUUCAGCGUUGCUACUCCCUUGAACUUUAUUAUUUUGUUUUCCGUUAUAUUUAUUUUGCAACGUUUUGUGAAUCUUUAUAAAAUCAGUCUUUAGGCAAUCCACUAGAGGUCAAUUGCUCUCUGAAAGAGACAGUUUUGGGUCUCUGGAAAUCUGAAUGACACUACUCAAAUAAUUCUUGGCGAUUUUUAAAGAAAAAAAUAAUAAAAAGAUAUACUUAC